AUGGAGCUGCCACAGUUGCAAGUGAAGCAGUUCUCUGAGCAGUCGUACUGGGAUGCGCGCCACAAGGGGGAGGCCCUGGGGUACGAGUGGUACCGCGACUACGCCAGCCUCAGGCCCGUGCUAACGAGGCACCUGCCGCGGCAGGAGCCCAUCCUGCAGCUCGGCGUCGGCACGAGCGCCAUCCAAACUGACAUGGUGCUGCGAGACAGCUACACGGCCGUCCACUCGGUGGACUACUCGCCGGUGGCGAUCGAGCGCCUUGAGGCGGCGCGGGUCGAGUCGGCUUCUGCGCAGCUGCAGGGCGCGCUGAGCUACGAGGUGGCGGACAUGCGGGCCCUGGGCCGCCACGAGGACGGCUGCUUUGGCGGCAUCCUGGACAAAGGCGCGCUGGACGCGCUGCUGUGCGGGGACAACGGCGAGGCGGACGCGGCUGCGGCACUGAGGGAGGCGUGGCGCUUGCUGGCCCCAGGGGCAGCGUAUCUCAUGAUCACGUCGGCGUCGCCACGCGCGCGUCUCCCGGUCAUCACAGGCGCGGGGGUGCCCUGGGCCUCUGUAUUGGUGUACGAGGUGGGCCAGCGCGGGGCGCUGGCGGGGCCCUUUGAGGUCCGGCUGGGAGCGGCCAGUGGCGGCGGCGGCGGCGGCGGCGGUGACGUGGAUGGCAUGCUGGGCGGUGCGGUGGGGCGGCUACCAGAGAUGGGCUACUCGCAUAUGUGCUACGCCUGUGUAAAGCCGUGA